AUGCAGCAAGCUUGGGAUCGGACAAGUAGCACUGAGAGGGUCAAGAGAGACCAUACAAAAAUGCUGGGAAAAGGACAAAGUGGUGGAUAUCCCCCCGAGACAACCAGUGAACUCUUGCAGAGCAUCAAUGCACUGCCCUUGGACAGCGGCGAAAAGAAGAGUUUCCAGGUAGGGGCCGGCGGUGUGCAUUCGGGGCCACACCAGCAGAACCAGCAGCUCCUCCUGACACCAGCCAGCCUCCAGCUUGCUCAGCUCCAAGCUCAGCUUACCCUCCAUCGCCUGAAACUUGCUCAGGGGGGUAAUUCAGCCAAUGCAGCUACUCUUCUCAAUCAGGUUCUUUCCAAUGUCGCCAUGUCCCAACCCCUGUUCAAUCAGCUACGGACUUCAAGUAUGGUUGGAAACCCUCAGGGUGGCUUUCCGACAGGGGUGCUAGGUUUUUCCUCUUCAAAUUCAAGCUUGGGGGCCUUGGUGGGUGGGGGAUUCAACCAAAACCCAGGAAAUGUGAGACUGAACCAUCCUGGUGGAGGGGGAACAGUGGGCCAACAGGGUGCGGAGUAUGGUAAAACGUCAGGCUCAACUUACCCUUCUGAUACUGACCGGCGUAUUCAGUACAACUUAGGUGGAGGGACAUCUACAGCAUCAGCCACUGCUGGUGAUGGACAAUACACAAUGAUCAACACACAGGCAAAAAACAUGAGCAAUGUUGGUUUUCAGAGAGAUUUCUAUGGGCAUGAUAUGCUGGGGCAACAAGCUGGGUUUAGUGUCAAUGACCAGAAGGUGAAUGUUUAUAACUCCAAGGAGCAAUGGAAGGGCCCGGCUAACUUGAGUCACACUGGAAAGGUGGAUAUGGUUUCUAAUGCCGCCAACAUGUGGACAGCAGCUGGGCAGCCAAUUCGGUCCAGAACAGAACUGUAUAACCCAGAGGAGCCCACCCCUGACCCCAAGUUCAAUCACAUUAGUGGAGUUUCCUCUUUUUCUUCAAGUGGCACACAGGGAUUUGGGGGCUACCAACCCCUGCAUGGAAGUGAUGCAACCCUAUCUUCAGGUACCAGGACACUUCAGCCUUACCAAGUCAAUGAUUACCAUGCCGCCACACCCACUCAACUGCCACACCAGUGUAGCAUCUGUGACAAGAAGGUCUACAACCUCAAGGACUGGGACCAGCACGUGAAGGGAAAACUACACCUACAGAACCGAACCUUGUACGCAAAUGAAAGCUCCGCAGUGGUAUCAGCUGGAGCUGUUCACUACUCUGUCGGUAGGCCUUCUGAUGGCGGUCUGAACGCUGGAGGGACGAACUCAAUGGUUUACUCCUCUGCAAGUCAAGAUGUAUCCACUGGAGCUAAUGCAUCAUACUUGCCUGCUGCAGCCAUGAAGACUUAUCCCACGUCAGACACAGGAUUUUCCUCGCAUCAGCCAGAGUCAAAGGCAACAAUAGGGCGGGUCGUUCACAUCUGCAACCUCCCUGAAGGCAGCUGCACUGAGAAUGAUGUCAUCCACCUGGGAAUACCCUUUGGCAAAGUCACCAACUACAUCCUCAUGCGCUCCACCCAUCAGGCAUUUCUUGAGAUGGCAUAUGUUGAAGCCGCUCAGGCCAUGGUUCAAUACUACCAACUUACUCCAGCUACGAUUAACAAUCAAAAACUUCUCAUACGAAUGUCUAAGAGAUACAAGGAGCUGCAACUCAAGAAACCAGGUAAAGAUGUUCAAACAAUCAUCCACGACAUCACCUCUCAGCGGGAAAGGGAUGAGAUGCAAGAACACGAACACUACAUCCCAGAGAGAGCGCGCUCCCGCAGCCCAAUCAGCCGAUCCCUCAGCCCUCAUUCCCACAGCCCAAGUUUUACAUCAUGCAGCUCAGCCCACAGCCCCCAGGGCGCAUCCUGCCGGGGUCCGGAAAGAGGCAGUAAUGGCCUGGGCCCCCGCCGGGGUUCCUGGGAUCGGUCGUCACACUUGAGAAGGGGUGAGGACGACAGGGAAAGGGAAGACCCAUGGAGAAAUGAGGGCAGCGUGGAUGAUGAUCGGCCUAGUGGACGAGCAGCCGACCGCCGGAAGGUUUACCAGAAACCCUUGGAUCAUAUCAGCUCGAGAUCUGCAGAUGAGCGAGGAGGUGGCGGAGGUGAAGGGAUCAGGGGCAACAGAGACUGGCAACCGCGAGGCAGCCCUCAAGGCAUGUCUUUCAACUCGUACAGGAACAUGGAGGAUGACAUCUACAUGAAGGAACAAAUGUACAAGUCAGACAAGCCGCCUAGACCUCCAUACCAGAGGCCCGACACAAAGCCCAAGAGGAGAGAUGGAGGCGACUACCAUAAUAGAUCGAGGCAUUCUGUGUUUGAGAUAACUGAGGAGCCACUUCGCAGAACACUAGAGGACAAGAGGCCGGGUUCACCAGACAGGGGCAGGGGCAAAAAGACAAGCAGGAGGCACACCACUGCAGACAAACACGAUAAAGAAAAUGCUACUGAAAAUACUGAACGCAAGUCAAAAGAAAAAUCUUUUUCACCUCAGCAAAGCGACAUGCCAAAAGAGACGAUAGAAUGUAGUAAAGAAAGAAACACUGUGAAGGAGUGGGAAAGUGGAGAUGAUACUGAUGGAGACUGCUGGUACCCUAAGAACAUGGAGGAACUGGUCACUGUAGAUGAAGUUGGAGGAGAAGAUGAUUUCAUAGUUGAGCCUGACCUUCCCGAGCUGGAAGAGUUUGUAUCCCGCCCCCAAGAGCCUACGGGUGAAGAAGCAGCGGAGGAGUGCAUACCACCCCCUACCCCCUCCUCCUUGGAGGUUCAGGAAACAUCUAGCAGGGAUAUUGGACACCCAGAAGAAACAUCUGUUAACAAAAAGCCAGGGAAUGUUAUAAGUGCAAGCAGUCCUGAAGAGCAGAUGUUCAGCGCAGCGACUCCUGAGCUACCAGUCACUGACCUCAGUGACUUCCCCAGUGAGGAGUUCAAAGCGGCCCUAGAGGAGACAUGUUUAGAGGACAAAGUGACCCGCAGUGGGCCUUCAGAGGAGUUGAUGGAACAUCAUAUUUACGUAUCACAAGAUGGCAAAAACGUGGAAGUAGGAAAGGUCCCAGAAACAAUCAAUAAUGGGGUUCAUCACAAGGACGGCAUUCUUAAAAAAGAGAUUGAGGCUCCCUCGCCGUCUCGUGAGCAAGACAAAGCUGUCAGUGAACACAGCAUCCCUUUGGGAGUGGAGUUCAUUGUGCCGAGGACGGGUUUCUACUGUAAGCUCUGCGAACUGUUCUAUAACAGUGAGGAGACGGCCAAGAGUACACACUGCCGCAGCACCGUGCACUACAGGAACCUCCAGAAGUACCUGUCCCAGCUGGCAGAGGACGGUCUGUCGGGCUUACUUUCUGAACCCUCCGCUACACAGUGACGUCUCAGUGGAAGGAUUUGUGUGUGUGUUGCAGAGCACAUGGGACACAUGGAUGCUAGAGGAAGUGGACAAUUGCACUGGUUUUGAUAUUUUGGGAGAAGGAAUGUCUAAAUAUGUUCGAUGGCACUGACAAUCCCAGCCCCACAUGUGCUCUCAAAUUUGUACAUACCUGAUGUGUAAUGUAAAGUGAGGCUACAAUAUUUAAUUUGAUUUGAUUUGGUUUAUUCAUUUCCUUACAGCUUACUUUAUUGGAUUGUGUGUGAUAAAAUGUUUGUAUUUGUAAUAAUGGAAAUGUUCAGUCCAUUUUCUGAGUUUAAAUGUUAGCUACAAUUAAACAUUUACAUCUGUAAAAUGACUUGAAAUAUGUGGCAAGUCAUGUUUUACUCAGUUAAAAAACUAAGACUGAUUCUCAGGUUUGUUGUAUUUGUUUAAUAGAUUUUAAUGUAUAGCUUAGAAAACAACAUUACAUUUUUAUUUAUAUAAGAGUCUUGGUGCCAGUUUGCGCACAAAUAGCGUAAUGGUAAAUAAGGUAAUAAAAUGUAAACCAUUUGGAUUGAUAAUGUUGCAAAAUAUUAUAUCAUAAUAUAUUUAUAUUUGUGACGUUUUAUUUUUAGUUGAAAUCAUGAGACAAUCCCAGUCAUAUUUGCCAAAAUAUGUAAAUGCCUUUAUAUCGGAGACCUUAAACUGGACCAUGUGUUUAAUUAGAGUCAAUCAUGCAAUGUUUACCGUGACUUGUUCAGAGAGGGAUAUCAUGCCAUACUCUGUUUUUGUAUACUGUGAAUACUGAUCCUGUGACAUCAAUGAUAGUGUUGUUUUGUUUGACAAACUUUUCAUAUGAUUUUUGAUGCAAAAAACGUGAAUAAAUUGUGUGGAAUAUAA